ACGUCAGCUGAUACGCGCCAGCAAGCGCUGCACAAAACUCACGUGACUCCUGUCAGCACGUGACAGUCCGGAGCAGCACGUCAAUAUGUCUGCGGCAGCAGCAGCACAACCUGUCUACUGGCUGGGUAAUGAAACCCUGAGGGUGUCGGCGGCCCUGUUUGCAGAGAACCGCCGACGACUGUGCAAAGAGCUGAAAGCCAAAGACGGAGUGGUGCCGCAGUCAGUGGUGGUGCUGCAGGGAGGAGAGCAAAAGCAGAGGUACUGCACGGACACAGACCUCCUUUUCAGGCAGGAGUCUUUCUUCCACUGGGCUUUUGGAGUAACCGAGCCUGACUGUUAUGGGGCUAUUGAUGUGAACUCUGGGAAAUCCAUCCUUUUUGUUCCCAAACUGCCUGAAAGCUAUGCCACUUGGAUGGGAGAGAUCUUUCCUAAAGAGCACUUCAAGGAGAAGUAUGCUGUUGAUGAGGUGCAAUACACAUGUGAUAUUGUUGAUGUCCUGUCCAACCUGAGACCAUCAACUCUCCUCACCCUGCGAGGACAGAAUACAGAUAGCGGGAGCAUCUGCCGUGAAGCCUCCUUUGAAGGAAUUAGUCGCUUCCAAGUGAACAACACUCUUUUACACCCAGUCAUUGUGGAAUGCCGUCUGAUUAAGACUGAUAUGGAGCUGGAGGUCCUGCGCUACACCAACAGGAUCUCCAGUGAAGCCCAUAAAAUGGUCAUGAAGCAUGUGAAGCCUGGACAGCAAGAAUAUGAAAUGGAGAGCUUGUUCCAGCACUACUGCUACAAUAAAGGAGGGAUGCGUCACACCUCGUACACCUGUAUCUGUGGAACGGGCAAUAACUCCUCUAUUCUCCACUACGGCCAUGCUGGGGCUCCAAAUGAUAAGACAAUUAUGGAUGGAGACAUGUGUCUGUUUGACAUGGGUGGAGAGUACUACUGCUACUCCUCAGACAUCACCUGCUCCUUCCCAGCCAACGGCAAGUUCACUACAGACCAGAGGGCCAUCUACGAGGCCGUCCUCAAAUCCUCCCGAGCUGUUUUGGCGGCCAUCAAACCAGGUGUGAAGUGGACUGACAUGCACCGCCUGGCUGACCGGGUUCACCUGGAGGAGCUGGUAAAGAUCGGCAUCCUGACUGGCUGCGUGGAGGACAUGUUGAAGGUCCACCUGGGCUCUGUCUUCAUGCCCCACGGCCUGGGACACCUGCUGGGCAUUGACGUGCAUGAUGUGGGAGGAUACCCUGAGGGGGUGGAGCGUAUUGAUGAGCCUGGACUGAGGAGUCUGCGGAUGGGCCGCCUGGUGCAGGAGAGGAUGGUCCUCACCGUGGAGCCUGGCAUAUAUUUCAUCAACCACCUGCUGGAUCAGGCCCUGGCCAACCCUGCCCAGAGCUGCUUCAUCAAUAACCAAGUGCUGGCUCGCUUCCGUGGCUUUGGAGGGGUUCGCAUUGAAGAUGACAUUGCAGUGACAGCUGAUGGUAUGGAGCUGCUGACCUGCGUCCCUCGCACCGUAGAGGAGAUUGAGGCUUUCAUGGCUGACGCUGCGAAACCCUUCAGCCCCAUCGUCAGCAGCAAGAAAUUCUGAAUGACGUCUCACAGUAAAGUCUGAGCUGUAAACAGCAAUGUCAUUAUUUACUGCAGAUAAACAACAAACAACGUUCUUUAGUAAAACUAAAGUUAUUACUCUGACUCUCACAUCUAACUUCAUCUCACAACAGACACACAAUCAAGACUAUUAUUGAGCUGCAUAAUCAACACAUGACUAUAAGAAACAUUUCAUACAGUAUCUUAAAAAAGGUUUCAUAAUGUUUUAAAAAAUGGUGCUAAAUGUUAGCAGUUCUUUUAAGGGACAAAUUCUAUCUUGAUCCAUUAAAGAUGUUAAUUUCUGAUCCUCCUGGAAAAAGAAAUACGUUUUUUCUAAUAAUUCUUAUUCUUAUACAGUAUAUUCCUCUUUGUAAAAAUUUAUUCAUAAAAAAAUGAUGUGAAAUUAAAUAAAUGGUUUAAUUUGCAA